AGGGAAUUAACAUCAAGUGUUGUAAUAGCUUGAAAUUCCUCUUCUCUAUCUCAACAUGUGGGCUGUUUCCAAAGUUGAAGGUUUUGAAAAUAGAAGAAGCCUCAGAGCUUGAGCAAAUAUUUAUAUGCAAACAAGCCAAUAUGCAGAAGAUGGCAAAAAUGGGAGAAGUAUUUCCAAAACUGUCAAAGGUAACACUUGGAAAACUCCCAAAGCUUAUUCCUAUUUGUGAGGGGAUUGAUUUUAAGGAUCUGCAAUGUGAAGUGAAAGAUUGCCCAAAAUAUCAAGAAACUAAUCAAAUUCAAGAAGAGCCUAAAAGUGGGGAUUCAGAAAAUCAAGCAACAGCAAGUGUUUGGCAAGAAUUUGCAGAGAUCACAGAGGAAACAUCACUUGAAAUUCAAGUUAAAGACCCUACUCUACCUUUAGAGAAAAAAGCAUCAGGAACUUUAGCAACAAAAUCACAACUGAGAGGGACGUCUUUACAUGAGUUGGAGGAUGAACACAAAACAAGUGAAUCAGCUAUGCAGCUCCAACAAGAGGAUCUUGCAGAAACAAAAACCAUUAAAGCUUCUCAGAAAACCAAUGUACCAUUUGAUGAUAAUGUAGGUUAUAACAUAGAGGACUAAGUUCUUUCAAAGUUCGAUCAUUACAAUAUUUGAUACUUAUUUCUAUUUUGUGGUAUUCAGAGUAUUGAUAUCAUAUCAAAAGA